GGUAGUGACGAUUUAUCAAAAUGUUUAGGAGGAUUUUUAGUUCCUGUUGAUAGCAGGCGACAAUAUCGUACUGUCAGAGCAUCUGUGCCUAUUCUCACGGAUAUUAAUACCCAAAACGUCAGUGAAUUGUUUGUGGACGUUUAAAGUGAAGAUGUGGACAUACGUGCAUAUAGGGGCUCUCACCUUGGUAGCAGUUUGGCUAAGCAGUGUCCAAUGCCACCCAGGACGGCCGGUUAUUCCUGAUGACCCUUUGGCACGUGCGAUAUUUAUGGUUGCUGAGACCAAUAGGACGCCUGAUGGAUUUCUAACAGUCGAUGAAAUGUCGGAUAUAUUCAUGAAAUUUGACAUAAACGGGGAUGGCAUUGUUGAUGAAACAGAGUUUAUAGCUCACUGGUCAAUACUACACCUUGGAGAUCUUGACCACGCUAUCACGUUGUUCCAUCGUGCAGACACAAACAAAGAUGGCCGCAUAUCACGUGAACCGGAUUACACCAGGCUGUUUUAUUACUUUGAUCGAGAUAUGGACGGGAAGAUUUCGGAAGCAGAAUUUGUAAAUGUUUGGUUCAGUCUGUCAUCAUGAAACCCAUUUGAUGCCCACGUGAUCACAAUGAUUUUUUUUGUAUUGAUAUAUAUUUUGAGAAUUAAAUAAAAGAAUGAUGAUGAUGAAAAAUUAGGAGCCAAAAUCAUUACAUAAAUCAUUUGGAAAAACC